AUGUAUUAUCCAAAGUCAUUCAUCGCCACCGCCCUUGUGGCUCUCCAAUUCACCACUGGAUCCAAUGCCUUCUUUUUCCGUAACAACUUGGAAAUCGUUCAUGGUGGUGCUAACAUCCAGCAGCAGCCUGAACAUGCCGCCAGCUACUACUCGGUCUUUGCUCGCGAAAAUGACCCUGAGCCUGAGUUUGAACUUGUCCCCAUGUCUGUCAAGGACAAGAUCGUGUCCCUUAAACGCCGUGCCAUUGCUGGAUGUGAAGAAGAAUAUACAGUGAAACGGGGUGAUACAUGCCAUGAAAUUACCCACAAGUUUGGCAUCCAUCUUGAAGACUUUUACUACUGGAACCCACAAGUCAAUUCCAGAUGCAAGAAUCUCAAGCCUGGUAGAAAGUAUUGUGUCAAGAACAGCGAAGCUGGUGCUGAUCCCGAUUCAUGCAACGUGCGACACAAAGUUGUUGCUGGCGAUACUUGUACCUCGGUUGCCAAGCAAUAUGGUAUCAGCCAUUCCAAAUUCAUUGCUCUCAAUGAUAACAUCACCAGCGGUUGCAAGAACUUGAAGAUUGGCCACAGCUACUGUAUUUCUACCAACAAGGAGUCUUCCUCGAACAACAAUGACUCUGCUGCCAAAAAGAAGGCCGCUGAGAAGGCUGCCGUCUAUGAAAAGAACGAUGCCAAGGAGGAUGCAAAGAAGAAAGAAGAUGCUGAAAAGGCCGCAGAAGCCAAGAAGAAGGCUGAAGAAGCAGAAGCUGCCGAGAAAAAGAAGCAAGAAGAAGCUGAGAAGGCUGCUGCUGAUAAGAAGGACGAUAGCGACAAGAUCAAGGAAAACGUUACUCAUCUUGCUUCCAAGACCAAGGAUGAUAAAAAAGACGACAAGAAGGAUGACGAUGAUGAUGAUUGGGAGAAGACCGAAGUCCCUUCAAAGGAUUCCGAUAAAGAUGACGACGACAAGAAGAACGACAGUGAUUCAUCUUCAUCCUCGACCGAAAAGCGUAAGGCCAUCCAUCACAACAUCCCAAUGACCUAUUACUGGAUCGCAAUGCCUGAAGACUACAAGCAAAGCGGCAAGCAAGUUUCUAUCAAGACAUGUGAUGGCAAGACCCUUGGCAGGACCUCUGUAGAAUACGCUGAUGCCCUCGUUAUGGAAGGUACUGGUAUUCUCGGUGACAAGGUUGUCAAUCUCGGUGCUUGUUCAUGCACCAACUACAACUGCUUUAUGGAAGUCGACAAGAAAGAAGAUCCUUAUGGCUUGACAUCAUACAGCACUGCCUUGAGACCUUUCAUCACUGCUGCAGCAAACGAUAUCCCAAGAGGCUCUAAGGUCUACGUGCCUCAACUUGAUGGUGUCAUGUUGCCUACCAAGAAGAAGCACAAUGGUUGUCUUUUGGUUGAUGAUAAGGGAUGGAGCUUCUCUUCUAGACAUCUUGACUUUUACGUGUACGCCAUGAAGAACUACGAAACGUUGAAUAGCCAGCUUGGUAUCAGCAAAGUAGAUGUCUAUGAAGGCGGCAGCUGCAAGCUUCUCGAUUACAUGUAA